UGUGUUGGCUGCUGCCUGAGGAAGUUGUGUAACCAGUGAAACCACCUCGGAACGACCGGAGAAAUUUUAAAACGUCACAUUUGCCUUCCCGGAAACUUCUCCAGAGAAAGUGUCUGUCUUGUGGAACCUGCAGCGACGACGAGCUUGCUGCGGAGCCGGAAACCUCGCACUUCAUGUCGAAGCUGAGUUGGAGCUGAGAGUCAUUAUGAGAUGUUGUCUCCAAGCGCCUCCUUCGUGCAAGUCAGGUUUGAUGACAUUAUUUUCUUCGAGAACUGCGGCGGUGGCAGCUUCGGGAGUGUGUACCGAGCCAGGUGGAUCUCCCAGGACAAAGAGGUGGCGGUGAAAAAGCUGCUCAAGAUCGAGAACGAGGCUGAAAUCCUCAGUGUCCUCAGCCACCGUAACAUCAUCCAGUUUUAUGGUGCAAUUAUCGAGGCUCCCAACUAUGGAGUCGUUACUGAGUAUGCGAGUGGGGGAUCACUGUAUGAAUACCUGUCCAGUGAUGAGAGCGAGGACAUGGAUAUGGGACAGAUCAUGACAUGGGCCGCAGACAUGGGCCGAGGCAUGCACUAUUUACACUCAGAGGCACCCAUUAAGGUGAUCCACAGAGACCUGAAGUCCAGGAACGUUGUUUUAUCUGCAGACAAAGUUCUCAAGAUUUGUGAUUUUGGGGCGUCUAAGUUCUUGACCCACACCACACACAUGUCCUUGGUUGGAACGUUUCCCUGGAUGGCUCCAGAAGUGAUCCAGAGCCUGCCUGUGUCUGAGACCUGUGACACUUUUUCCUAUGGUGUGGUGCUUUGGGAAAUGCUGACCCGAGAGAUCCCCUUCAAAGGUCUGGAAGGUUUACAAGUGGCCUGGCUCGUGGUGGAGAAAAAUGAGAGGUUAACCAUCCCCAGUGGCUGUCCUGCCAGCUUUGCUGAGCUUAUGAGGAACUGCUGGGCAACAGAGCCAAAAGAAAGGCCAAUGUUCAAACAGAUCCUCUCUACUUUGGAGUCCAUGUCUAACGACAGCCAACUUCCUGAACAGUGCAACUCCUUCCUUCACAACAAGGCUGAAUGGAGGUGUGAGAUUGAAGCUACACUCGAGAGACUCAAGAAGCUGGAGAGAGACCUGAGCACCAAAGAGCAGGAGCUGAAGGAGCGCGAGCGGCGUCUGAAGAUGUGGGAGCGCAAACUGGUUGAGCAGUCUAACACCCCGCUCUUCUUACCUGUGGCAAAAAAGAUAAGCGCUAAGUCGUUCUAUCAGUCAAAGACGGAGGAGUCGAACAGUUCGCGGAUGUCGUGUGAGAUCACGGCCUCGAGUAACGAGGGGGUGAAGCUGCAGUCUGUGGUGAAGGGCUGUAAGGACAUGUUCUCCGUGGACUUCGGCUGGCCUAUGCUGCACUCGGGCAUGCAGGUCAACAUGCAGGCCAAGCAGAAGUCGUCCAGGUCGAGCUGUGUCAGGGAAGGACACAAAAUCAACAUGACUCUGGGUGCUGGAUGCUUCACUUGGCCUGACAACAGUGAAUAAAGCCCCUCCCUUGUUUGGCGUUGCCACAACUCGCUCGGUUGCGUUGUGAGUGUUUGCGGAUUUCGAAAAAUGAACAGCUUGUUAAGUCAUGUUGAUCAUUUUAUAAUUUCGAUAAUCAUUACUUAAAACAUGUCUGGGCGUAGGUUUCCUUCUGCUUUGUUCACGAUAUGAAUUCAGUAAUAGCUCGAUGUAGCACAGGGGCAUAUUAUAGAACCCGUUUGAAACCCUCCACCUAUGUAUAUUAUGGAUGUCAUUUGGCGUAUGCCUAAUGUACUGGCUGUAUAGUGCCAUGCUGUGAAGAAAGAGCCCCACAAGCCGGUUGCUUCGAGAAGACCAGGCUUUUAUGAUGAAGUGACAUUUUGCUGACAUUAAGAUUGGCCAAUUUGUUAUGGAUGUGGUGGAGUGCAGUUGUUGAGAUGCACUCUCUUACCAGGAUGAGAAAGUACAUGUUUUUUCCUCUGAGUGACCCAGGUUCAAAACAGCAGGAGACGGACUGCACUGUGCAACUGUCAGAUUCAUUUGAUUAUUUUACUUUUUACUUCCCAAGCAAUACUUUUUUGGAAGGAAAUUAUUUAGAAAGGCUCGAAGAGCGCAGAUCUCUGUCAAGGCUAUAGGGCCGAUCUCGCCCAAGUUAAAGAAUCCUGUAUCCAGCUCUUUAUCAAGAUCCGCUCCAAAAUGUAUUGGGUCUUCUUUGGAUCCACCACUCCACAAAUUUCAUGGAAUCGGGAAUUUGUAUAAUCCUGCUAGAUUUAAAAAAGCAAAUGCUACUUAACAAUACUUUUCCCUAUAUCAAUCAGGCUCAAUCAGAACUCCCAUCCUGCACCAUAGACUAUAGAUACAGAUGUACUAUAAGUCUCCACUUCCUCCCACAAUCCAGAAAUGAGGCCAAAUUAGCAGUUACAUGGCCAAGAUUAGUGUGAUAACUAUCUAAAAUCAUGUUCCCUUAACUAACAUGGAGGCAGGGUUUACUGCCACCAGCCACCAGAUGGCGAUCAAGACACUUUGGCUUCACUUUUGUAGAUCCAUCAUGUCAUCCAUCUUUAUAUAAGUCUAUGUUUUAUACCAAUAUAUCAAUUUUAACAAAAUAAUUUCCAGUCAUAGAAACAUUUAACAUACAGUCAAAUACUGUACAAUCUAAUCUGAAUAUUAGCAUCAAGAGCUGCACUUUCAGUAGAGAACAAUGAAUUAGCAUUAGUACUGAGUUGGUAUUUAUGCCUGAUCUGGGUGAAGGACAUGCUUCCCUGAGCAGAGCCCAUUAAUUUGUCCCCUUCACUUGUGAUCAUCAGUGGGUCUCAUGAGGAUGUAAUCCUCUGUAUCCCUGUGUUGUUGCUUGUUACCUCUCUGCCAUGAGCUAAUACUCCUAUUCAAACAUCGCCUGUACUCCCAGGCCAUCAGGCCCUAUACACGUGUAAUUAACACAUACUUUCAGCAGUAUUGACAUUCCCAAAUAAACAAAAACACACACACACACACACACACACACACACACACACACACACACACAGCUUCUUGGUGUGAUAUUAUUUUCUUGCAUUCUUCAUUUUUUUGUCAAUAAAUCAGUUUCUUUUCACUU